UUUUCGAAUACUUUGAUUGUUCCCACAUAUUGGAAGGCAUGAUGCGGCAGCCCAUGCCAUCUCCUUCAAUCCAGCACUUCUGUUUAUCUUAUGUCUUGUUCACUCUUCUUCCAUCUCCCACCAAUGGCAGAGCACACUCUUGGCUUUCCCCUUCCCCCGCUCCACUCCUAUCCCCUCUGCUUAAUCCCGUUUCUGCACCUCCCGUUCUUAUCGCACCUUCCCCGACAGCAACGAAGGUAAUUGUUGUGGUUCAGCACCACCAUUCGACCAGAGAACUGAUCAUCUCCAUCUCACUCUCAUCCGUUGCCGUUUUAGUUAUUGCUCUAUUUAUCAUUCUCCUCUUGGUUACUUGGCAAAGGCAGAAACUGGUUCGAAGCUUCAAAGACACUCAAAACUAUGAUUAUGCUACUAAAGGUCUUCAUUCGGAUCCAACAUUUAGCAAGCUCAAUUCAUUAAAGAUGGUGGACAAGAAAACAUUGGUUGCAAGGAUCGAGUACUCAUCCUUAAAGUCAGCCACCAAUAAUUUUGAUGAGAAAUAUAUUUUGGAAGAAGGGAGAUUUGGGUGUGUUUAUGAAUCUUGCCUUGAUGGAGUUCCUGCAGCAAUAAUGAAGUUAGAUGGAUAUGGGCGGGAUCAAUGGAGAAUAUUUGAUAAUGAAUUGGAUUUGUUGGGAAGAAUCAGACACCCAAAUGUCAUCUCACUUUUGGGUUAUUGUGUGCAUGGGGAGACCAGAUUUCUAGUCUAUGGCUUGCUGAACAAUGGUUCUGUACAAACAAUACUGCAUGGAUCAUCUCAUGGAUCAGCUUUAACUUGGCAUUUGCGAAUGAAAAUUGCACUUGACACAGCAAGAGGGUUAGAAUAUCUUCAUGAGCACUGCUACCCUCCUGUGAUUCAUGGAGAUUUGAAACCAUCUAACAUUCUUCUUGAUUUGGACUACAAUGCCAAGAUUUCAGGUUUUGGCCUUGCUGUUACUGAUGCUGACCAAAAUAAGCGUAUGGCCAAAUCUUUUGGAAAGCUAGAUUAUGCCACUCCAGAGUAUAUUUUAGAUGGCAAGCUUAGUGAGAAAAGUGAUGUGUAUGCUUUCGGAGUAGUUCUGCUGGAGCUGCUGAUUGGAAGGAAGACUUUUGAAAAAAUUGCAACAUCUCAAUGCCAAUCUCUUGUGACUUGGGCCACGCCGCUGCUGACAGACAGGUUGAAACUGCCACUUAUUGUAGAUCCAGUUAUUAGGCAUACAAUGGACCUAAAACAUCUAUACCAAGUUGCUGCUGUAGCUGUGCUGUGUGUCCAACCUGAUCCAAGCUACCGGCCUCUGAUUACUGAUGUGUUCCACUCUCUAAUACCACUGGUGCCAGUUGAGCUUGGAGGCACACUUCGGCUUUCCGACAGGCUGCCCAACCCAAACCAAAUAUCCUAUGCAUAUUAAUUAUAAAAGCUUUGUUCAAACUUAACAAAUUUUUAAUGAAAAUUCUGGUU